AUUGCUGCCUUCAUCGCUGUGUGAUUUUACUCGAUCGCAUUCAUCACUUUCAUCAGAUGUGAUACCUACUCUGAUUUCUGAGCUGAGGUACACGUAUUCACUUGGUUUUCAAGGCUAGAGAUUUUUCAUCAUGCCCCACUGCAGCCAAACCAGCUCAGGCUCGGAGUCUGAUCAUGGGAUAAGCUUGUGUAACAGCGUCAACAGCGAAUCAUCAAUCGUGGUGAAAUUCAAGUUAUGCGACGUAAGCGAGGAAGUUGAAACAGCAGCUGAUCUGAAUAAAACUCUUGGAGAAAAAGAUAGUUUUGCAGACUAUGACGAGCAGCUGUCGAUCAGUGCCAGUGAAAUAAAUGAAACUUUGGCACAAUCAAAAAGGCUUGAUAAACCAGCAAUGUGUGAUGCAUCUACUAACACGGAUCCGUUAAGCGAUUCUCCAAAAAAAAGUAACCCUAAACGCAUGCAACGAUUCAAGCCAUUUAUUCAUAAAACUUAUUGCACACACUCCACCAAUAGAUCCAAUAAGUUUUAUCAUCAUAAUCAGAGACAUUUCAGACCUUUCAAUCAAGUUGCAGAAAGACGAAGGGAAUACUAUUUUUUAAGAUCUCUCUUAUAUGGGCAAUUUUCUUUUUUUUCAGAGAUGUUGGACUAUGCUUACUAUAAUGCAUAGCUUAAGUAAAUUACGUACUUUUGAAUAUUCUUGACUGCUUUUUUUACAGCUUGAUUAGAAGUUUAAAAGUUAAUCGACACUUGGUCGUUACGUAUUUGUCUUUAUCUGUUUAACAAAUUUUUCUCUAUAUUUUGUAUUUUGAAAAUGAUUAUUUUCGUGACUUGUAUCGUGAAAGACUUAUGUGUUUAACACAUGUAUAAAAUUUGUAAUUUUUCAUUUGUAUACAAUAAAGUUUUUUCAUAA